CGUAUAACUACAUAAACAUAUAGGUAAACACCAAGUACCUCCUUACCAUUCAUAAAAGAGUAUCUAAGUCUAUGUAAUCUUUAUGGAUGGCACAUGAAAUAAAUCCUCAAAAAUGCCACCACAGAAAACGCUGCAGGCUUUCCUGGCCACAGCCCGGGCCGCGUUAACGGCCCCGCCAUCCAAACGCUUGACUCCGUUGCACUUUGUCGUAGGCAAUGAAUCGGCUGAUCUCGACUCCUUAUGCUCUACACUGUUCCUGGCCUAUCUCAGGACUCACUCACCGCCGCAUACCUUGCACAUCCCUCUGUGCCAUUUACCCCGUGAUGACCUCACGCUGCGGCCGGAAUUCACCGCCGUGCUGAAAUAUGCCGCCGUCACCCCCGACGACGUGUUGACGCUGACUGAGCUCCCCGGCGGAGACGAUGGUCUGAAGCCCGAGGACACGCGCUGGCUGCUCGUCGACCACAAUGUCAUGACAGGCCCGCUAGGCCAGGCUUAUGGUGGCAGAGUCGUCGGAUGUAUCGACCACCACGAUGACGAAGGCAAGGUCCCCGCUGAUGCCGAGCCGCGCGCCAUUGAGAAGUGCGGUAGCUGCACGAGCCUGGUCGUGGAACAAUGCAGCGAGACAUGGGAGGCGUUGGCGAAGCGGGACGGCGGCAGCAACAAGGAAGCCGCACGGAUUAAUGCGCAACUUGCGUAUCUCGCCCUCGCGCCCAUCCUCAUAGAUACCACGAACCUCGGCAACAAGGAUAAAACGACGGCCCACGAUGAGCGCGCCGUAGCAACUGCCGAAGCUCAUCUCCGUGCGGGCUCCGAGGGCAGUGGUGGUGGUGGUGGUGUCGGGAGCGGAUACGACCGCGACGCGUUCUUCGCCGAGGUUACGGCCCUUAAGGAGGACCUCUCGUACAUGUCGUUCCGCGAUAUAUUCCGCAAGGAUUAUAAGGAGUGGGACGAGGGCCGGCUGAAACUAGGUACCUCGUCCGUGCCGCAGGCCUUUGCAUUUCUAGUGCGCAAGGCCAAGGGCGAGGAGGCGUUUGCUGGAGAGUUGGAGAAGUGGUGCGAGGAGAAGAGCAUCGAUAUUAUGGCGGUGCUUACCACGUCGAAGGACGAUGGGGAGUUUAAGCGCGAGCUGCUGGUCUGGGCGCGGGGUGGUUCGGAGGUUGUAAAUGCUGUGAAGGCGUUUGCGGGGAAAGAUGGGAGGGAUAAGUUGGGUCUUGGUACGUGGGGAGAGGGGAAGCUCGAUUUGGAAGAUGGGGAAGGCGGCUGGAGACGAUGCUGGACGCAGGCGAGGGUCGAGCAUAGUCGUAAGCAGAUAGCGCCUAUGCUGAGAGAGGCGUUAAAGGGGGUCAAGAAGGAAUAAGGGGGGGUAGGGGA